GGUGCCUCUAAAGCGGUGUGACCUUCGCACGUUCGCCAGUAAACGCUGCUCAGCUGACGGAGCUGCAUCUCUUCUGUUCCGAGAGACUUUUUUUUACCGCCACGUUUUAGCCGAAAGAGCACAUCAUGGGGGAUGUUGAGAAAGGAAAGAAGGUUUUCGUCCAGAAGUGUGCUCAAUGCCACACCGUGGAGGCCGGGGGCAAGCACAAGGUGGGCCCUAACCUGCAUGGUAUUUUUGGACGCAAGACUGGACAGGCGGAGGGCUACUCCUAUACAGAUGCUAACAAAAGCAAAGGUAUUGUCUGGAGUGACGACACCCUCAUGGAGUACCUGGAGAACCCCAAGAAGUACAUCCCCGGCACCAAAAUGAUCUUUGCUGGCAUCAAGAAGAAGGGAGAGCGCCAGGACCUUGUCGCUUACCUCAAGUCAUCCACAUCGUGAAAAUGUUGAAGAGAGACAAAACAAAGAUGAGAAUAUUUAAUGUACUCAUUUAGGUUAUUUUCAGCUCCAUGCGUGUUCAGUAUCUGGUUUUAUGUUUAGUCAUUUGUACAGAAGGUGUAUUUAUUUCGUACAUGUUUGGCGAAGAACGGUUUCAGGAGGUUGUACAAGUGACCAAACGUAACACUGCAGCACUUAUUAUUUGUGGAUCUGUCCUUAUAAAUGCUAAUCUCAUUUAAACGUUACUUGCCAUGAUAGGUGGCUUGACCUGUCAUUCAUUCUGUUCUCCAUGACAACGGUUCAUUUUUACUAUUGUAAAUUAUAAAAGUAAGCAAAUAUCAGUUAACAAUAAUAAUAAAUUGGAGAAAUGUUGGGACAUCUGGUGGGGAUUUGGUGUCGAGUGGAGUUUCUGAGUGAAGCUUUCACCUGAUAGGAGCGCUCUUAAAUUUCCACAUGCUGAACUCGGACAAUACCUUCUUUUGAGUUUUGUUACAACUGAAGAGCCCUUCCUCUCUGAGCUUUUGUUUUAACUCCUUCCUGGCAUCGGAUUUGAUGUACAUCAAGGAGACGAAUCAUGCUAAGGGUCACGUUUGUUAUCCGUCUCUUCACAGCGAAGAAUUGUGAGUGUUUAAUAUCUUAUUGCGGCCUUGUAAAAACCACCAACUAUGCUCAGAGUGUGAAAUCAGCUGGCAAACAGUCACCAUGCCUAACUUUGUUACCAGAGCUUCUGUUUUCAGAAAAACUACCAACGGUACCAUCUGGAUCGACAGAUUAUAUUCACUUGAUUUCACAGACUGCAAGUGUCGGUUUAAUUUAUUUUACUGUAUUCGGUGCUCUAAGACAAGGAUUUUGUAGCUGUGUUUGGUUCUGGACAGAAAGGUUGAAAGGUCAAAAUAAAAAACUUCAGAAGCAAAACAAA